CAGUACUGCUUGUCUGGUCAUCCGACAUUGCCAUGUAAUGUCUUGAAGUUCAAAUCAACCACCAUUAUGCUCGACUGUGGGUUAGACAUGACCUCAGCCCUUCAUUUCUUACCUUUGCCACUUGUCCACAGCCCAAGACUUUCCAAACUCCCAGGCUGGAUUUCGAAAGAUGGUAAUACCAUGCUAGAAAAGGAGCUGAAAGAUUGUGCUGGACGAGUAUUCGUUGACUCUGUGCCAGAGUUCUGCCUACCAGAGACAGAGUUGCUGGACCUCUCCACUGUAGAUGUGAUCCUGAUCUCAAAUUAUCACUGUAUGAUGGCAUUGCCAUAUAUUACAGAGCACACUGGCUUUACUGGCACGGUCUAUUCCACUGAACCCACGAUGCAGAUUGGAAGGCUUCUCAUGGAGGAGCUAGUCAACUUUAUGGAGCGUGUACCAAAGCCGCAGUCUGCCACCUACUGGAAAAACCGGGAAAUGCUCAGGCACUUACCUGUCCCUCUAAAGGAUGCUGUGGAGGUUUUGACAUGGAAGCGUUGUUACACAAUGCCAGAGGUUAACUUGGCUUUAAGCAAGGUUCAGCUUGUAGGGUACUCUCAGAAAAUAGAGCUGUUCGGUGCAGUACAGAUCACACCACUCAGCUCGGGCUACUGUUUGGGUAGCUCCAACUGGAUCAUCCAGUCGCACUACGAGAAAGUGGCCUAUGUGUCUGGAUCCUCAUUGCUCACCACACAUCCACAGCCCAUGGAGCAAACCUCUCUGAAAAAUAGUGACGUCCUCAUCCUGACUGGACUGACACAGAUUCCGACCGCUAAUCCUGAUGGCAUGUUGGGAGAAUUCUGCAGUAACCUAGCUGUGACUGUCCGAAGUGGUGGGAAUGUCCUGGUUCCGUGCUAUCCCUCGGGAGUAAUUUACGACCUUCUGGAAUGUCUGUAUCAAUACAUCGACUCGGCUGGACUCUCCACUAUCCCAUUUUAUUUCAUCUCUCCUGUGGCCAACAGCUCGCUGGAGUUUUCCCAGAUCUUUGCAGAGUGGCUUUGUCACAACAAACAGUCAAAAGUCUACCUGCCAGAGCCGCCAUUCCCACACGCAGAACUGAUUUUGACCAAUAAAUUGAAGCACUAUCCCAGUAUACAUGGGGAAUUCAGCAAUGACUUCAAGCAGCCCUGCGUGGUAUUUACAGGCCACCCCUCCCUACGUUAUGGGGACGUUGUACACUUCCUGGAGCUGUGGGGAAAAUCCAGCCUCAACACCAUCAUUUUCACAGAACCGGAUUUCUCCUACCUAGACGCUUUGGCACCAUACCAGCCGCUGGCUAUGAAAUGUGUUUACUGUCCAAUUGAUACUCGAUUAAACUUCAUUCAAGUUUCAAAAUUAUUGAAGGAGGUUCAGCCAUUGCAUGUUGUGUGUCCGGAACAAUAUACUCAACCUCCACCUGCCCAAUCGCACCGCACUGAUCUGAUGAUUGACUGCCAGCCCCCACCAAUGGCCUACCGGAGGGCUGAAGUGCUGACCCUCCCCUUCAAACGACGCUAUGAGAAGAUUGAGCUCAUGCCUGAUCUCGCUGAGUCCCUGGUGCCUUCUGAGAUAAAACCUGGCAUUUCCAUGGUAACCGUGUCUGCAGUACUACAGACCAAAGACAAUAAGCACAUUCUGCAGUCACUCCCAAAGUCAAUGCAGCCUCAAACUGGCAAGAAGAGGAAGCGGGCAAAUGAUGAUACUCCUGAAUUCAAACCUCCCAAACCGCUACUGUGUGGUUCGAUCACCAUUGAACAAUUUGUACAGAGCCUAGAGAAGCAUGGCAUCACAGAUGUCAAAGUUGAAGACACGCCAGAGGGACAUAUUGUCCACCUUCAGUCUGAAGAUACACUAGUCCAAAUUGAAGAAGAUUCCACUCAUAUUAUUUGCGACAACAAUGAGCCACUUCGCACCAAGCUCCGCGACUUAGUCCUCAAAUUUCUACAAAAGCUAUGAGCGAGGUUUUGACCUUUUGUGACUAAUUUUUAGUAGCUUGUGCAUUUCAGACUCGCUGACCAGAGCAUGAUAUAAAUGGUUGUCAGAGGAUACUAUGCACUGUCAUAGGAGUGGGCCGUUUAGCCCCUGAAGCCAGUUGUACCAUUUGUUUAGAUCAUGGGUGUUCUAUAGCUUCAUCUUGCUUAUGUAACGCUUAAUAAUCUCACCUAUCAAAAAUCUAUCCAACUUAGGUUUUGCAAUUUUCAAUUGACUACCCAGUCUUAAUAGUUUUUGGAGAGUUCUGGAUUUUAACCUCCCAUGGACAGUUUUCUAACAUUACUCUGAACAGCCAAGUUCGAGUUUUAAGGCUGUGCUAACCUUGUUUUAGAAAUGUGCAUUAGAGGAAAGGUUUCCUUUUUCUUUUUUUCUCUCUCUGUCUCUCUGUCUCAUUGACUCUGCAACCCAAAACCAUUAAUCAUUGUAAGUAUUGUGCUAGGUAAUCUCCAUUAGAUCAACCCUUAAUCCUCUAUUCAUAUUGACACAUAAGCAGAUGCUGACAAAAUGGCAAGUGUGAGGCUUGAGGGGUUUAAAACCUUCACCUUGACCUUAAGGCUAGAUAAAGGCUUUGAUCUCAUUCCCUGACCACGCAUGUACAGUUUGAAAUUUUACGAGUGAAAGGGGGGAGUUAAUCAAUUGAUAGCAUAAUGCUGAUGUUGGCUGUGACUCAGCUGAUAGUGCUUUUGAUUCAUAAAGUUGUGGGGUAGAAUUCCCACUGCAGAGACUUCAGAAAAAUGUAGACUGAUGCUCCAGUGCUGUACUGAGAGAGUGUGGCACUAUCAGAAGGUCUGACCUUUUGAUUAAACAUUAAACCAGAUUCAUCAGCCUUUUCAGGUGCACAUAAAAGAUACAAGGACAGAAAAAGAACAGUGGAGUUCUCCCUGGUGACAUAAGCAAAACUUAAUCAUCAAUCAAUACAGCAUUUGGACAGUUUCCAUUUAUUCUUUGUAGGAGCUUUCUCUGUGCAAAUUAGCUGGUGAUCAUACUUCAAAACUAUUUGAUUGGCCAUAAACUUCUUCAAGCCAUCCUGUGGUGGUGAAAAGGUCUAUAUAAAUGGAAGUUCAGUGACAUGAAAAAAAAACUUGCAAGUCCUUGAUGUGUGAUAAAUUCCAUAAAGGAGACUUGUCAAUGACGACACUUCCACUACAAAUGAAAAUGGUUUCCAGUUGAUUUUUGAGGCCACCCUAUUUGUGAUAUAUGUUUUAUAAAACCUUAACUGGAAAGCAUUUGGUUGGGGACUGGUUCUCUGCUCCUCACUGGUGUCCACAUAGCUUCCAAUAGAAAACAUCAAUAAUCUAGUAGAAUCCAAAGUGUAAAAUCUGGCAUACCACUGGUGUUUUUCUCAUCCUGGCCUCAAAGUGCUUCACAUAUUGUAUUGAUCACCCACUAUUGGAGUGCAUUAUGUCCAUCAAUCUGAUAGGUGUCAACAAAAAUGUAAUUAACUGAUGUUCUUUUGAUGUUUCUACAUGUAUUAAUUGAUUAUUGUUUUAUAAGGAUUUUUAUAUUUUGUUUCAAGUGUAUGAACUUUUUUUAAUGAAAAUGUAUAUUUGUAACUCCACUAUCAGAAAACAAAGUAGGGAGGAAUUGCGAUAAUAAAAACUCAGUUUGAAAGGUACUGAAUGAGGAGGAACCUUUUAUAAUGGUCAUAACAAGUGAGAUACAAAAGGUGAAUCCAGAGCAUGGUUUUCAGUGAAACAACAAUAGCUAGACCAGCAGACGGGUAGAAACUAGUAAAGCCAGACCUGUUUUUUUUAAGCAAAGCUUAACUCAUGUUUUGAAUGGACAAUGAAGGUGAAAACUUUGGCAUAAUUCUUCACUCCAUGCUAAACCAUUACAGAUCACGAGUUAUGUGACCUUUGAAGUAGUGUUCAGUCUUGAGCACCAGACUUUGGAGUUAUCUCAAAGCCGUGGAGAGAGUGCAGUGGAGAUUUACUAGGAUGGUUUCGGGGAUGAAUGGAUUCCAAUUUUGACAAGGGGUUUGAGCAGCUGAGAUUACUGAAUAUUUUAUACAUGCACUUUUUAUUUAUAGUUCACAGCUGAAAAUUCAAAGGUCACUAAACUUACCCCCUUACUGACCCAUGUACACCGUAUAAAGACCCCAUAAUUGCUGCCUUUUUCCAGUACUAUUCAUGGUGUAGAAGAAAAACCUUUAUCUGAGACCUCUGUUCUAAAUCACCAACACAUGUGGCAUUCUUCCCAAUCAGUGUGAUCUUGGACCUUCAGUUAGUCAAAACACUUAUUGUUUAGUGACAUUUAUAGCAGUUCACUCCUCCUGUGUGGCUUUGCAAAUAAUUUGGAUUGGUUCACCCUUUCCAUGAUUGAAACAGAAAAACAUUGGAAAACAUUCAGGAGGUUAACCAGCACCAUGGAGAAGAGAAAGUUAACGUUUCAGGUUGACCCCUGUUAUCACUGAGCUUUGUUCAAAAGGGAACAAUUGUGUAUGCAAAGUAUGCCACAUUUUUGAACAAAAAUGAGCAACAUCAUGACUUUAGUAAUUAAAAAUCUGUGUGGUAGAUCCAGGACUAUUUUAACUUUUGGAAGAGGAAUUAUGAACUGCUUUCAUAAAUAAUUGUGAAAUAA